AUGCGCGAGAUCAUUCCGAUCCAUGUCGGACAGACCGGCAGCAGCAAGUAUGUUCCCAGAGCGGUUCUUGUCGAUCUCAAGGAUAGUGUCAUCCAGGAUGUCCGCAAUGGAUCCUAUCGCGACUGUCGAGAGGAUGCUGCCAACAACUAUGCCCGUGGCCACUACACCAUCGGCAAAGCGUUCGUUGAACAGACUCUGGAUAGGAUUUGCAGGAUGUCUUACAGCUGUCAGUCCCUUCAAGGAUUCAUGGUCUUCCACUCACUCGGUGGUGGUACCGGCAUGGACAAGCGCGUCGCUCGCCAGGGCAAGUCCAUGGCCUACUGUCUCAUGUCCCGCGGAACUGUCACUGCCACGAACAUCGGUGCAGCCACAGUAUCGAUCAAGACCAAUAAGACUGUCCAGUUCGUCGACUGGCGCGCCACUGAUCUCCAGAUCGACAUCAACGGCGCACCCCUGCCGUCACCACCCAGCAGCGAGUUUCGCCUCAGUCGGCUGCGCUGUUUGCGGGUUGUCGAACACCACUGCCAUCGGUGA